CUCCAACAUGUGGCGGUGAUAACUCUCCUUCAACAGAGCAACAGACGAGUUUCUCUCUCUCUCCCUCAUGCAUACCAUGACCACUUUCAUUUCUCAAGUCACCACCUCUGUACUUCUCUCCAACUCAACUUUCUUGCUAGUGCAAUCAAAUUGGUAAGCCAUCCUUUGACUACGCUUAGAAAUGUGCUUUAUGAGAAACAUACAUAUUCUGUAAAGGAACUACACCACUGGAAAAGAACCAAUUUUUAGCCAUUACACACUACACUAAAGCCUAAUUUCACUCAAGAUUGCAUCUGGGUUUGCUCUCUGGUUCUCAAAAUUUGAUAACAAAAUCCCCCCAAGGCACUAGAAUUUGUUUCUGGGUUUGAUUUAUUUCAUCAUUUCAUGGCUUCUUCAAUGAUCAAUGGAGCUGAAAAUCUCAACCUCAUUAGUGGCAGAACUCCAAAGGGGUUAGCUUUUAUUGGGUCAGAAUUUCACAGAAAAUGCUUUCUGAGCAAGGGUUUAGUGUCUUAUACUAGGAAUUUCAAUGCCAAAACAAGAACCCUAAAUUGCAGUUUAUCUUCCUCAAGACCUGUUUCUCAGCCUAGGUUCAUACAACACAAAAAAGAGGCAUUUUGGUUCUAUAGGUUCCUAUCUAUAGUUUAUGAUCAUGUCAUAAACCCUGGCCAUUGGACUGAAGAUAUGAGGGAUGAGGCUCUAGAGCCUGCUGAUCUUUAUGAUAGGAAUAUGAUAGUGGUUGAUGUGGGCGGUGGCACUGGGUUCACCACUCUUGGUAUAAUCAAGCAUGUUGAUGCCAAGAAUGUGACAAUUUUGGACCAGUCACCUCAUCAGCUGGCCAAGGCUAAGCAAAAGGAGCCUUUGAAGGAAUGCAAGAUAAUUGAGGGUGAUGCUGAGGAUCUUCCUUUCCCCACUGAUUAUGCUGAUAGAUACAUUUCUGCUGGAAGCAUUGAGUACUGGCCAGAUCCACAGCGAGGCAUCAAGGAAGCAUACCGGGUACUUAAAAUAGGGGGAAAAGCCUGCUUAAUUGGCCCUGUGUACCCAACGUUUUGGCUGUCCCGCUUUUUUGCAGAUUUGUGGAUGCUCUUCCCAAAAGAAGAGGAGUACAUUGAGUGGUUUAAAAAGGCUGGUUUCAAAGAUGUUCAACUAAAGAGGAUUGGUCCAAAAUGGUACCGAGGCGUCCGUCGACAUGGCCUGAUCAUGGGUUGCUCUGUGACUGGUGUGAAGCCUCUGUCAGGGGACUCUCCCCUUCAGCUAGGUCCAAAGGCAGAGGAUGUGGAGAAGCCAGUGAAUCCAUUUGUGUUUUUCUUGCGCUUCAUUCUCGGUGCAAUUGCAGCAACCUACUUUGUCCUAGUUCCAAUUUACAUGUGGCUCAAAGAUCAAAUUGUUCCGAAGGGUAGGCCUAUCUGAAAGAGAAGAAAGACUGCAAUUUACCCAUGGAUCAGCAUGCAUCUUGGCGCGUCAAGCCUUCCUUUGCCAUCUCUCUCAAGUAAGACAACUUAUUGUAUCAGAUGGACAAACAUGCCUGAAAGCAUUGGUGUUUAGGUUUACAAAUAUGUAUCUUUAGGAAGGCUGUUGGAUAUUAUGCUGUGCUAGAAACCCACUUAAAGAGUUUAUGUUGCUUUUUCUACCUGUAAUGGAUAUUGAAUAGUUUUGUGAUCACUUGCUAUUGGGAGAUUUUAAAUUCAGCAGGAACCCUUUUUCCUUUCACAUUUCGAAG